CCUUUGGAGAUGGCUAAUAAGUUUUAUUACUCUCAAAUCUUCCUCUUUCUCUUUGCUUUCUCAGUUGCGGUGAUGGUGGCUCAAGCUAAGGAUUUAUACUGUAAGGUGGUAAUGGAUCCCAAGCAUUGCGACCUGACUGAUUGUCAAUAUCAGUGCACAGACGGAUUUGGCGGCAAGGCAUUUUGUAAUCCUCCUGGUGCCUCAGAAAGAGACGCUACCAGUUGUAUUUGUGUAUACAAAUUCUUUCCCUACCCGAAGUUACCGUGUACCCCAGUUCGGCCACCGCUUUGGUGAGAGAGAGAGAGAGAGAGAGAGAGAGAGAGAGAGAGAGAGAGAGAGAGAAUGGUGAUAUCACUAGUUCUUUGAAUAAAUAAAAAGUCCAACUUCUAUA